AUGGGUUCUUGUUUUUCCAAGCGCGAUGAGCCUGACGAUGAGGUUAUCGAUGAAUCUGUCGAUGAGGUUACCGAUGAGGUUACCGAUGAGGCUAACGAUGAGGAAAUCGAUGAGGCUCCAUCCGAAGCUAUCCGUCCUAUUCUCAAUGAUCCAUUAGUCAAUUACGUUUCUCUGUUCAUAAGCGGUAAAAGCUUGAUCAAACCCCUUCACUUGUCUUCUAAUCAAUGGAUAAUGUGUGAAGGAAGUUGUUGCGAACUGUUCUCCGAAUUACAAAAAAUGGAGAGAUUUGAUUUAGUUAUACUAUAUGUUUCUCAACACAAGCCGUCGAUGAGCAUGCCCUUCUGCGUGGAUAUGCUUCGUAGUACUUAUACUCUCGCAAACGUAUGGAGAGCAUUUUUCCAAAACAACGGUUGGGGAAGAAAUGGUGAAAAAGGAGACAAGAAAAUUGUUGAAUUGGGAUACCGAAAAAUCUUCCUUAUUCGUGCUGAAGUCAAAAAGCUGUGUGAAAACAAUUUGCAAAACUACAACGAGAUAAGUAAAGUUUUGAAUCAUUGGUUUGGAGACAUCUACAGGGCCAUACUGCUUUUGUGA